AUGACCCGGAAAAUGUGGGGCUUGAUUCCUGUGUUGGACUGCUCCCAGCUGCUGAAGCUCUGCUCUACGCAGUGCAAGCUCUCCGUCUGCCCCAUCACGACCCCCGCUUCCCGGGUGGACUCUACUCAGCGCGACAUGUCGGACCAAGCUUUUGUGACGUUGGCCACAAACGACAGCUACGCCAAGGGAGCGAUGGUUCUCGGCCAGUCGUUACGAAACCACAACACAACCAAGAAACUGGUUGCACUCAUUGGACCUCACGUUGCGGAGCCUUGCAGAGAAGCACUAAGCUCCAUUUAUGACGAGGUGUGUGUGGUGGACGUCAUGGACUCGGGCGACGCAGCUCACCUGUCCCUGAUGAAGCGACCAGACCUGGGAGUGACAUUCACCAAACUGCACUGCUGGACUCUCACGCAAUACAGCAAGUGUGUGUUCAUGGACGCUGACACACUGGUGCUAUCGAAUAUCGACGAGCUCUUUGAGAGAGAGGAGCUAUCUGCAGCGCCCGAUCCUGGCUGGCCGGACUGUUUCAACUCGGGGGUUUUCGUCUUCAGGCCGUCCAAUGAGACGCACGAGAAGCUGCUCGCGUUCUGCAGUGAAAACGGCAGCUUCGAUGGUGGAGAUCAGGGGGUUCUCAACAGCUUCUUUAACACUUGGGCAACCGCAGAUAUUUCCAAACACCUUCCCUUCAUCUACAACCUCAGCAGUAUCGCCAUCUACUCCUACCUGCCAGCUUUCAAACAGUACGGACGUAAUGCCAAGGUGGUGCACUUCCUGGGUAAGGUGAAGCCAUGGAGCCACUCCUACGACGCUCAGAGGGGAGUUGUGAAAGGUCACUCCCAGUCCCCUGAACUGUGUCAACUGCACCCCGACUAUCUGCUCAUGUGGUGGCAGCUGUACGCCCAAUCCGUAGUGCCUUUACUGCAGCAGGCGUACGGGGAGACUCCCUUCAACAGCGGCUUCUUCGAUUCGAGCGAGGACGGCAAUCAUGAGGACGCGAGCGAGCAGGCAGCUCCCUUUGCUUCCCCUCCCCAGAAAGUUUCAUCAGAGGAAAGGAAGCAGCGCUGGGAGGCAGGCCAGAUCGACUACAUGGGAGACGACUCCUUCGCCAACAUCGAGCGAAAGCUAGACUCCUUCUUAAAGUAGCAUUCAGGAGAGGGCGUGUGUGACGGACAUAGAUACAACCAAUUGAAGCUCCGUGUGGGCGGGGAUUUUAGCACUGCUCAGCCAAUCGCAGGGGCUUUAUUAGCAGGUGACUGUGUGAAAGCAUCUGUGCAACUUUCAACCUCACUCUCUGCGUCCUGUCGACGUGUGUGUAUGAAUGACAGAGAGCAUACGUUUGACACAGUCCCCAUGCACUCAGGCCUUUUGUGUUAUUUCUUUUUAAGGAGUUUGACUUUUCAGUAUAUACACUUUCAAUUUCUUUCAAGAGUCAGGACAGAGGCAGCAGCUGGCUAACUUAGCUUAGCAUUGGAAAUGGCACUACGGACAUUACUCAGUGACUUGCUCACAUAGCGUUCUGUACACAGACCCAGGGGGAAAAGUAAAAUACUUUUUAUAAUCCCACAGAUGUUAACUGUCUGAAUGCUAAAAUGUUUGCCUUGGGCAAAUCUAAUGUUUAAAUCCAAUCUUCCCUGUGAGUGCAGCGCUCCGCUGUUUUCCCCGCAGUGUUGGAUGUAAACUUUGGUUUUGACCCGGACAAACCUUUCUGUUGUUCAGGAAAUACCUUUGUAGAUUCAAUAUGCUGCUGUAGUAAAAAAAAAAAAAAGAAAUAUGUACGAUGAAAUGUACGCCAAUGUUUUGAUUUUCCCUUCCAACAUUUGCUUGUACUAUGCUAUAUGACGAAACACAGAGUAAUGUUCAAAGUGCUGAGAGGCUACCAUCAGCUAGUCUUGCUUUGUCCAGAGGUAACAAAAUCAGCUUGCUAGCCCUUUAGAGCUAACUAGUUACCCGGGUAUACCAUGUUAGAGGGGGUGCAUGUAUUAUUAGCAGACUCUUUCUUGACCAAGACCAGGCACUUUUCUGAAAGAGCAGCUAGUUGCCUCGCAUUUAGAAAUGGUUUGGCACAUAACCUCCCGAAAACAUCAGUUUCUUAGACAAAACAAUCAAAUUUGCAAAAGACUUUCAUUUUGUUUGAACCAGAGACUCUACAUGAUAAUGAGUGAGAUUAGAAAGUGCUGAUGUGUGGAUUGUUUUUUUGUGUUUGGCUGAUGAUAACCUGCACCCCCCCCCCCCCCCCUUUAUGAUAGGUUGUGCUCAGUGAUAGUUUAACCACAUAUGAAGUCGUACUGCUGUACUUGUUAUCAGUCUUUGUCUUGUUUUUUUUUUUAAAGCUCACCGUCGUAUCUAAUCUUUGACAAAGACUCUUGUGGAUUUAUUUUGAAGACCAGUCAUGACCAGAGCUAAAGGGAUUGCCCACACGUCCUUUGUUAUGUAACGUAACUAGGACUGGUUGCAGAACAUCAUGCAUUUGAAAAGUUUCCCACCUUUGACGACUGCAGUGGCAAGCUACUUAAAAGGAUCUCGUGUUAAAUCGAAGGUAGAUUUUGGGUGCAGGGCAUGUGGCGACAAGUUUUUGUUUCUUAAUUAUUUUGCGUGUGAUGAACGAUAAUUUAACAGGCCGAGCAACAUAGUUACCCAACCCUAAGCUAAUGUCGUCUCUGGAAUCAUGGUUAAGUGACCUAAAUCUCUCUUACUCCGGGUGAAGGCUGAUGGAGAAAUAAAAACGGAAGUGGAGAAUGAGUAAUGCCAUUUGACUUCGGUGAAAAUAUUUUGCAUUUCAAUACACUUAAGCACAUGGCAUGGUACCGUUAGUGCUAAUGAACCGGUCCCUGAUGAGUGUAGGUAGUAAAACACAGCAAAGGAGAGUUGAUUAAAAACGGUUAAACGGAUUGAGGCAAGUUUUUGUAUUUUUUUGCUCAUUAGAAAACCAAUGUAUAAUCCCCACUCCUAAAUUUGACCACAUUACCAUUUAGAUAAUCAUCAUUUGGCUCACAUGUUAACAAAGGACAACGACGCCUAUAUAGCAAUGAAAGAGAUGAAUGUAGAGGGAUUAUAAUUUGUAUCUGGGGAGGAGUUUUUGGGAAAAAACCUCCGAUUUUUUUAGAUGAGUUGUCAGUGGUUUGUGUGGAAGCGUAUUGUAUUCACUUUUGAAAAUACAACAAAUUGGCUCUUUCUAUUCCCAAUUAAAGUGAUAUUUAUCUUGUUAUACAAGAAACAGCUUUUGUUUUUUUUUUAAAUUACGAGUUAAGUCGUUAAGAAAACAUUCAGUUUUUUCCAGCAAUGAAACAAUUUUAUUAUUUUAUUAAUCCCGAAUGAAAGAGCUCAUUUUUUAUUUUCUUCAGUGAAUGAAAUAUGCUUCUGUUGGUUUGCAUGUUCUUAAUGUCAUUCCAAGUGUGCUUUGCCAACCUGGACCCAUACUGGUCUAGUUUUAAAAUCCACUCGAUAUGGGGCUUUCCUCGGUCCUGGUCUUGACGCAGUCUUAAUCCAUCAGAGUCUUGGUCUAGAUACUCUCUGGUUUCGGUCAUGUCUUUGUCUUUGUUCAGAUGUUUUUUUUUUUUUUUUUACCAGGAGGCUGACGUGCAGAAGUUGUUUUUAAAUUUCCCUUCCGUAGCUGGAAGGAAGAGAAUAAGUGUACUUCCCAAAAUGUCAGACUACUCCUUUAAGUGUUCUCCUGCAUCUGAUCGGGAUGGGCUCAGUCUUCCAAACCUGUGGAAACUUUCAGCUACAACAAUGACUUGCAAAAAAUUACCAGAGGCAUGCAAAGCCUUUUCCUGAACAGAAGUCAAGAUUCUUGAAUUUUUCCCACAACUCCUCUCCUGCAGUAAAUCACUGCAUCUAAUCCACUUUGAAGUAGAUGUUCCACA